AUCCAAAAUGGGAAGAGCCGACGUGAUAUUUAUAGGGGCAGUGUUUAAUAAAAAAUCGCGUGAAAUUUCACAUAUUUUGCAAAAGUUGAUAAUACGUGGUCGUUGUUCAUUAGUUGCUCUCGUCUGCGAUUGCGAUAAUGUACUACUUGAACAGGUGUUGCUAAUUAAUUGAUUAAUUAGGUGCGGGAUAUUAAAAUGAGCGCAAAAGACGACGGUGGAUCAAAUACAGACAUACCGCGAAUUUCCUGAAAAGUGCUCCGGAGAGAAAGAAAAUGAAUCAACAAUACUCACGAAAAAGUAAUUAAAUUGCAAAAAAAAAUUUACAAUGUCAAUGUCGUUGUUGCUGAAAAUCGCAGUGUUUAUUUGCUUGUGGUCGUCGACGUUUGCCUAUUUUUACUCCCAGAACAACGGAAACAAUGACAAAUUGUGUUUCUGCCAGCUGGAGGGAACUAUCGAUGAUUGCACAUGCAAUGUGGAUACCGUGGAUCAUUUCAACAACAUGAAGAUCUAUCCCAGACUGAAUUCCCUGCUGUCCAGUGAUUACUUCCGCUUCUACAAGGUUAAUCUCAAGCAGCAGUGCCCCUUCUGGGCAGAUGAUAGUCGCUGUGCCAUGAAGUUCUGCAGUGUUCAGCCGUGUGAUGAAAGGGAUGUUCCGGAAGGCAUCAAGGGAUUCUCCAUGGAAUCCCCAGCCUUUAAAUACACAAAAGACGCCCAGAAGAGUGCAAUUGUGGACUGUGGCAGUGAUCUCAAUGCUGAACUCAGCUACUUGAACACCAGCAUCAGUGACAAAGCUCAUCUGGGCUUUCAACUCUGGGCCGAUCAUGAUGAAGCCCAGGACAACUUCUGCAUCCUCGAUGACCAUCAAGAAGGAGCUGAAUAUGUGGAUUUAUCCCUGAAUCCGGAAAGGUACACUGGCUACAAGGGCGAUUCAGCUCACAGAAUUUGGCGCUCAAUCUAUCUGGAGAAUUGUUUUGGGUCAUCGAAACACAAACAGAGCCUGGCUUUCAUUCCCUACAUUCCAUACGCCGAAUUGGCUUCCGGAAGUGGCAUUUGCAUGGAGGAACGAGUCUUCUAUCGACUGAUCUCGGGCAUCCAUUCAUCCAUCAAUAUCCACCUCUGUGCCAAUUAUUUGCUGUCGGAGAAGAAGGGCUUCAUGUCCGAUAGUGGAGUAUGGGGUCCGAAUAUUGAGGAAUUUGUGCGACGUUUCAGUCCCAGUGAAACCGAAAAUGAGGGCCCCCACUGGCUCAAGAAUCUCUAUUUUGCCUACAUUGUCGAACUGAGGGCUCUGGCAAAGGCUGCGCCGUAUCUUCGGAAUGAAACAUACUUCACGGGUCAGGCGGAUCAGGAUGAAGAAGUGAGGAAGGCCAUUAAAGACCUCCUCAAUAUUAUUAAUACUUUCCCGAGUCACUUCAACGAGAGCACGAUGUUUUCCGGGGGAGUGGGAUCAGUGAAGCUGAAGCAUGAAUUCAAGGAGAAAUUCAGGAACAUCUCGAAGAUCAUGGAUUGCGUCGGAUGCGACAAAUGCAAACUCUGGGGCAAGCUUCAAGUACAGGGACUGGGAACAGCUCUGAAAAUCCUGUUCUCAGGAAAAUUCGAUAACGCCACGGAAGUGGCUAAGGAGGAGAAUACGGAAAAAUUGAGACUCAAACGGACAGAAAUUGUAUCGCUCUUCAAUGCUUUUGGACGGUUAUCAACGAGUAUCAACAGAUUGGAACAUUUUCGCAAAUUAAUGAGAUGAUAGUGCGUGAAAGACGGUUAAAUUUCACGCAAAGCAGAAACAAACCAAAUUUGUGUGUUUUCUAGGAGUCAGAUAAAUAUUAAUUAGGUGAAAAAAAAUUAUCUGUGGUAAAAUAUUCAGAUGAACUUAUAUAAAUGGAAGAAAAAGAUAUCAAUUGAAAAUUUGUACAUGAUUUUUCUAGCAAUUUUUUUUCUGUGCAUUUCCUUGACAAAAUAUUUAUUUUAGAGACAAAUCCUCUUUUGUAAAUACCUCUAGGGAUUUCCCAUUUUUAUCUUGAUACACUAAA